AUUUAUUGAAUUAGGAAAUGGUGUUUCUAUGGAAUGGAAGCUAUCGUCCCAGGAUUACACUUGGGACGGUCCCAUCAUUGAUCACUGGAUCACAAUGCUCUCCACAUUAUUCCAACCUAUCAUCGGGAGGGAGGAGUUCCUCUCUUUCUUUUCUUCCCCUCGGCCAGCGACAGGAGGAGGAGGAGGAGAGGGUGUGGAUAGACAGGAAUCACAACCUUGGACCUUUGUAGAGGAAGAUGAAGGGCAGGAUUCCAGUGCUAGUGAUGAGGUACAUCACUUGAUGUUGAAUGAGUCUGACUUCAUAUCAAUACUCGACCAGUUCCCCAUAACUGACGUAUUUAAAUGUUUACUUAACGCCAGAGAAGGUCAGUAUGCAAUCUCACAUAUCAGCAGCUACCAAAUGUUACAGUUCAUCUCAUUCUGCACUUGUCUCAUUCGCUUGUUUGGCCGCAUAUUCUCAAUAUUGAGACACUCUUCGUACAAAGAGUUCAUCAAGCAAGUAGGAAGAACCAUACGACAGAUAGUGCAAUAUGUGGCCGAUCACUGGUCCUCUUAUAAAGCAUUGAAACUGUCGGCUGGGGACACUAUGAGUUGCAUGCCCAGUGGGGAAGACCCUGUACUUAGGUACUCGUUGGAGAGACUCCAGAUAGAGUUUGAUCAGUUUGUACUGAGAGCUACACAAUGGAUACUAACAGCUCAUAAGUGA